AAUUACCAAAAUAGAAAUCUACUUUACCGACUGGUGGUCAAACAGUUUUUUGGGAACAAUAAAACAAUAAAAAUUACCGAUAUAGAAAUCUACCUUACCGACUGAUGGUAAAACAGUUUUUGGAAAAUAACAAUAUAAAAAAUUACCGACACAGAAAUCUACCUUAUCAACUGAUGGUGAAACAGCUUUUUUUAAACGAAAAGAGCAUUUUAACCAAAAUAAUUGAAAAAUAACCUAAAAUGAACAAGAUAUUUUCAUAACAUUGCAAAAAAAAAGGAAAAAAAAAUGCCAAAAAAUGUUGCUCAAAAAUUCAAUCUCAAGAGAAAAUAGUAGAUUACUAUUGAAAGUUACUCGUGAAAUAUUUAGAAAAAUACCUCAAUAUCGUUACUUUAGAAAAUCGCCAAUAAUUGAAAAUAAAUCAUUAAAAGUAGCAAUUCUAGGUUGUAAUGGAAGAACAGGAAGAUGUUUGUCCUUAUUUUUAAAGCAAUCAACUUUAAUUGAUGAAUUGGCACUUUAUGAUAUUAAAUCGAUUCGCGGAUUAGCAAUGGAAUUAAAUUGCAUUGACACCAACUCUAAAGUGAAUUAUUCUGAAUCCGGUGAGUCUUCAUUUAAUGAAGUUUUAGAAAAUGCAAAAAUAGUAAUGAUCACUGCUGGUAAUUCAUCAUAUUAUACAACAACACCACCAAACGAUGAAAUUCUUUAUGAAAAUGCUCUUAUUAUGGCAAAAUUUAUUCCAGAAAUUAUUAAAUAUUGUCCAGACGCUUUAAUAGCAAUGACAACAAAUCCAAUUAAUAGUUUAAUACCAAUGGCAGCGGAAAUGUUAAAAAUGGCCGGUAUUACAAAUUUAAAUCGUCUAUUUGGUGUGACAACUAUUAAUAAUAUUCGAGCAAAUACAUUGACAGCAGAUAUUCUUGGUGUCGAUCCAGAAUGUGUUUUUGUACCAAUUAUUGGUGGUAAUUGUCCAAAAACAUGUGUACCACUAUUUUCAAAUGCAAAACCAUGCAAUAGCUUUACUCACGAAGAAGUCGGUAAAUUAAUGUUUACCUUAAGAAAUGCAGAUCAUGAUUUUCAACAAAAAUAUCCCAAUGUGGAAAAUUCGUUACAUUUAAUGGAAGGUUAUGCUGCUGCAAGAUUUUGCAUAUCAUUGUGUAAAGCUUUACGAGAUCAAUCGGAGGUGGUGGAAUGUGCCUAUGUUCGAUCCUGUGUUAUUCCGGAAGUGACGUAUUUCGCCUCGCCUUUGAGGCUAGGUCCAUGCGGAAUUCAGAUGCAUUUAGGUGUGCCACCUCUUUCAGAUUCAGAAUGCAAAUUACUUCAAGUUGCAGUACCUGAACUGAGGGAAGCAAUUAAAAUUGGAGAGACACUAGCUCUUGGAACUGAUGUUGUUUCAUCUGAGAUUUGCCCACCAGACCCUGAACCUUGUACCGAGCAAGUUUAUUCUUCAGAAGCUAGUAAAUCUUCACCACCAUCGUGUAACGAAUAAAAAGGAGUAAAUAAAUUUAUUAUUUUUA